CCCCUUGCUUGGAUUUCCCCUUUAUUGACCCAAGCCAUCAAUCAUGCAUCAUGCAUUCAUGGGAAGGGGUGUGUGCCCGGUUGGAAAAUGCAUCAUGCAUUCAUGCUAGUAGUCACUAAAGGAUAAUGCUGAAGUUGAUCCGCAGCCGGGCAGCGAGGUACUAGCUUCCUGCCCAAGUUGUGGGGUGAUAGACGACCAUAGCCUAUGCUAGCCAAAUUGGUAUAACCCCUUUUCAAAAAGAAAGUUAGAUUUUCUCUCAUAUAUUUUUUUGCGGCACUAUGGCAUAUUAGGGGAUCUCCGACACAAGUCACUGAAUCUCCCCCAUAUGUCCGCAGGACAAAAAACUGGCUCAUCAAAUUUGUCCGGACCGUAUGGAUCUCCUUGUUCGCCCCCAAGUCGGGAGGAGCUCUAGGGGAGGCCAGACAGUCGACGGACACCGUCAACUCAGUCUUGGACACCAUCACAAAUCCACUUUUUUAUAAAAAAAAACUGACCAUUCUACAGGAUUUGCUAUUACUAAGUUGGUUGAGAAGUUAUGAUUUUUCAAAUGCUAAGGCUUGAAAAAAAAAGGGUGUAAUGCCUACAAAAAAGAAGGUUAGAGGGCUGUUAUCUGCCAAGUGUGUAGGUUGCACAAAUAUCAGAAUCUACUCAUCAGCAAACAAGAGCACAAAGUAGGCCGAACUUAAAUGAUCAGGCUAAGCAUUCUGUUUCCAAGUCACAUCACUAGUCCACGGGGUCAUUGUCAUGGCUUACUCCGUCAAAGUCGUUACACGCAAAUUUCAGAAGCCAUGGCUUACUAGUCCAUGGCGUCAUUAUUGUGAAACUUCCUGGACGGUGAUCGCUUGGCCCCCGUUUGCAGUCAACUGUACCCCGCUCGUUCGCCACGCCACAUAUGUGGUUCAAGCUUCGACCACAGUAGUGCCUCCCUUCAUCGUUCAUUCACCACAAUCUCUCCCAAACUUCUGCUCCGAUGUCUCCCGGGUGCUGCUGGUUCGUCCUCGCCGUCCUCUGGGCUUGGUGGCUGCCAUGGAUGCUCGUGGAGGCCGAGGACGGGCAGGGGGUAGACUGCUCGACCAAGAAGUGCGGCAACGUCAGCAUCUUGGAUCCGUUCUGGCUCACCGACAAAGCUACGGGAAAAUCAUGCAGUCCUGAUCCCCAUCCGGGCUACGACGUCGCUUGCACCAACAACAGCGAUCCAACUCUACGGAGCUCUAUACCCCUCAACAGAGGCUUCGAAAUCCUCAACAUCUCUUACGAGGAACGCAGCUUCCAUGCCAUUGAUGUCGGCAAGCUGGACGUGUUGAACGCCACCGACAAGUGCCUUGCGGUGUUCUAUAACACCUCGGUCAAACUGAAGGGCCGCCCGUUCAAGAUCGCCCCCGUCAACCUGAACCUCAUCCUGUACAACUGCACGGAGAAGGACGGAACUGCGGCCGCGGCACGUCGGAACAGAGAGCUGGCGCCGACGAGCGUGAGGUGCGGGAACCAGUGGGCGGUGCUUGCCCGCGCGGGAGUACCCCACGACGCCACCGGAAACUACAGCAAUUACGCUCGGAAGGGCUGCGGUGCCGUCGUGGUGCCGGUGCCGGCCUCGUCAGCGGGGGCGAACGCGAGCGACUACAAGCAGCUCUUCAACGAUGGCUUCCUCCUGACAUGGGAUGUGGCGCUCCCGCCUCAUCCCCCUAUCUUUCCACGGAAAGGAAAAUCAACAAGAUGGGAGAUUAUAGUUGGACCAGUAUGCGGGGCUGUAUUCAUGUUCGCGGUGUGUUCCGGUUGUUUUGCCUGGUACAAACGCAAGAAGCGGAGACAAGCUGUAGCUUCAAAUGAGUUCAUGAGAAGUGGAUCAAUGACAUCAUACAGUAAAGACCUCGAGUUGGAUGGUUCUCCUCAUAUCUUCACUUUCGAGGAGCUUGAAGAAGCUACUGAUGGGUUUAGUGCUUCAAGGGAGCUUGGUGAUGGUGGUUUUGGAACUGUCUACAAAGGAAAACUCAAGGAUGGGAGAGUAGUUGCGGUGAAACGCCUAUACAAGAACAACUACAGACGGGUUGAGCAGUUCCUGAAUGAGGUUGACAUCUUGUCACGCCUGCUCCACCAGAACCUUGUGAUCUUAUAUGGUUGCACGUCUCGGAUGAGCCGUGACCUUCUCCUGGUGUACGAGUUCAUCGCAAAUGGGACGGUCGCAGACCAUCUUCACGGGUCCCGUGCGGCCGAACGAGGCCUCACAUGGCCUCUGAGGCUGAACAUCGCCAUAGAAACGGCUGAAGCACUGGCCUACCUCCAUGCCGUGGAGAUCAUACACCGAGACGUGAAGACAACCAACAUAUUGCUCGACAACAGCUUCCAUGUCAAAGUUGCAGACUUCGGGUUGUCACGCCUGUUCCCGCUUGAGGUCACCCAUGUGUCGACUGUUCCACAGGGCACACCGGGCUAUGUCGACCCGGUGUACCACCAGUGCUACAAGCUGACCGACAAGAGUGAUGUCUACAGCUUCGGCGUCGUGUUGGUGGAGCUGAUAUCAUCGAAACCUGCUGUGGACAUGAGCAGGAGCCACAGUGAGAUCAACCUGGCAAACAUGGCCCUCAACAGGAUUCAGAACCAUCUAGUUGUUCAGCUGGUUGAUCCGGAGCUCGGCUAUGACACCAACCUCGAAACGAAGAGGACGAUCGAUCGCGUCGCGGAGGUGGCCUUCCAGUGCUUGCAGCUGGAGAGGGAUCUGAGGCCGUCGAUCAAGGAGGUGGUGGAGAUCCUGACUUGCGUCAGGGACGGAGACUGUGGGGCUAAUAGCAUGAAGAAGAAGGCGUCUCAGAAAGAGGACGUGUGCUUGCUCAAGGAUGGCCUGCAGUUCUCGCCCGACACUGUUAUACAUAGAUUCCAUAGCCAGUCGACUAACCACUCGGUAGCAUCAAAUGCUAGUGGAUUAUCUAACAACAAAUGCUGAAAAGAAAGCUGCAUAGGCCCUUUUUGGCACUCUUUGACACUGACAAAACAAAAAAUAAUAUUAAAGCUCGGCAAAAUGGGGUAUUCGAUGUGCUGCAAUGUUUUGACUGCCGAGGUUGCAUACGACCUCGGAUGGAGAUGAUACAAAAA